AUGUUCUCUUUUCCAGUUCCAAAGAGAAAAAGUUCCGAAAAUUAUUUGAUUUCCAGAGGAUGGGAAUUGAUUUCAAUAUUUAACGAUCCCGGUGGAACCAAGAAAUCUAAAAUAGCAGUUGUCUUUGAUGACGAUGAGGACACGUGUUUUACUCUCCCAACCCAAGAAGACUUCACGCCUUUCUUAAUGAUGAGCCUACCGACAGAACCUGUCUUCGGUAUUCAGGCAAAGGCUUUCGUCCUUAACAUAUCCGGGAUAGGCAUAUCAUGUGACAGACACUCAAAUGCCCGGAUGCUUCAGGUAUCCUACAGAGCCAUCAAAGAACCGACCCAGUUCUGUACUCUGACGGACAACAAGGCUGUACCUGACGCUUUUUCUAGUUGUGUAUUUCGUUGUGACUGUCCAGACCCCGCCCACUGUAGAGAAGUCAAUCUGUAUUUAGCCAGUGGUAAUGCUAAGGGGGCGUGGUCUCUCUGUGAAAUGAAAGCUACUACAGUGUAAUUCCUAUGUUUGGAAAAAAUUGA